AUGCCACGGGAUCUUAAUAGUCCUGAUCGAGGUACAAUUGCCGCGUCGACUCAACCUCAGAAUCCCUAUGCUAAUGGCUACGACAUGGCGCUGAGAAUCAACACUGAUGGGCUCGGAAUCACUUACAUUGGACUCGUCAUCGCGUGGACUUGCCUCUUGCUCCCUGCCGCGGUCUUUCUCCUGCGCAAUCGACACCUGCCGUACCUACGCAUUCGAAACAUCCCUCUGGCAGUCAGUGCCGUGGCGACUCUCCAUGUGUACUGGGUCCUGUGUAUGAUCGCCUAUGUUCUCAAUGGGUACUUUCCCUGUGCUACCGAAUACUGGAUCAUGAGUAUCUACCUGCCACUAGGCAUUGCUCUCUUUCAAGCAACAAACUCUCAAUUGCUCUCUGUUGCAACGGCGCAGAAGAGAUAUGCGCACGGAGAUGUUCUGGUCGAAUCCAAUUCAAUCACAGACACGAAGACUUCAGUGUGGCGCAAGUGGUGGCACAAACUCAAGACAUACAACGCUACAAAGAAUACCAUGGCAUGGAUUGGAAUCGGCAUGAUCGUCCAGGUUGUCAUCGCCCUCAUAAUCUUUCUUGCUUCCCGUAAAUUUCACCCGGGAUUCGGCGUCACAGGAGAUGUGACCACAAGAUCACGUUGCCGACGUGGAUGGGAAUGGUGGCCCUCGAUCAUGUGGCAAAUCUUCUGGUCCUGGGUGUAUGCUCCUGUCCUUCUCUGGCGAGUUCGGAAUAUCCAUGACGUUCACGGAUGGCGGUCGCAAACCAUCGCCUGCAUUGUUGCUGGGUUACCUGCCUCACCCAUGUGGUUAGUCGCGUUGUAUGCUGGGCCCUUACAAACAACUGUUGACAAGUACUUUGUUCCUCCUUUAUGGUUUUCGCCUUCUAUUGUCAUCAUGCAGGCCUCAGUCAUAUUUGUCCCUUUCUUUCAGAUAUUCAAAAACAGAAAGCUCGAGACUGAAACACGCGAGAUCAUUGCCGAGUGGGAAGAGAAGCAGCAAUUCAACGGUUCAUUGAACGCAGGGUCCACGAAAGCCGCAGUUCGAGCACGGAAUUCUACACGCCAGUCUGUUAAGAGCACCACAAGCGCCCGUCAAGGAGAGAUGUACACCAUGAGCGCCCUCGAGAAGACUCUCAAACUGAAUCCUACUCCUCUCCUCAUGUUCUCCGCGUUGAAGGACUUCUCAGGAGAAAACAUCAGCUUUCUCAUUCAUGUCCGAGAUUGGAAGGCUGCCUGGGUGUCUGGGUCUCCCAGAUCUGGGGUGCUGCGCAAGCAUGGACAUUCCAGGACGCAAGAUCAGGACCUGAUCCGACGACAGUUUCAACAAGCGGUGGGAAUUUAUGCUUCGUUUGUGAGCUUGAAAUACUCCGAGUUUCCGAUAAACAUCUCUUCAGCUCAUCUCAGAGACCUCGAAGCCAUCUUUGAGCAAUAUGCGGCCCUAGUAUGCGCAGAACCAACGUCCAAUGCCGCCACGCCAUUCGAAAACUAUUGGUCAUCCACGAUCUCAGAGGAUCUGGAAAGCCAGAUCGGAAAAGAUCAACUGUCUGUCGUGUCGACCGUCGUGGGAGAAGGUGGAAGAGACGAGUUGCCACGCGACAACAGUGAAUCACUUCAACUGCAGCAGUUGAAGAUGACCAAUUUCGGCGAGAGACUGCCCGCUAAUAUCGGCAUUCCCGACGCUUUCGAUGAGACAAUUUUCGACAAGGCUGAGCUCAGCAUCAAAGAGUUGGUCCUGACCAACACAUGGGCCAAAUUUGUCAAAGCCGGAUUCGCUCAGAACAGUUCCAAGUCGAGGUUUACUACUCGUUUCCAGGCAGUGGUUGACGCAUGUCGACUUCGACUCCCGAGCCGACUUCCAAAGCUUGCUGGCAAGUUGGGGAAAUAA